AUGUACGCGUCUCGAACAGUGAAGCCCAAUUCAAUAGAAUACUAUCUCGAAAAACAAGAAGCUGACACUGCUAUUCAGUCUUUAAUACAGAACCAAGCUCAGGAGAACUCAAAAGACUCCCAAUUCAAAUCGACAUCCAAUUCGAAGCAAUUAAAACUUGACUCGAAUGUUUUAAAACCACAGCCCGCACGAACAAAUACAGCUCUAAGAAUAGACCAAAGAAUACCGAACAAAGAGUUGAGGUCAAGAUUGAAAUUACAAUCGGAUGAGUAUUUUUCCCUUAACAACCAGGGAAAUACUCCAUAUAACCGUAUCUACACAAAUACCGUUAAAGAAACAAUAACGGCAUACACAAAACUCUGUCAAUUGGUCCCCAACCAGGACCAAUUGACGGACAUUAUAUGUUCCUACCUUCCCAUAUUUGCUGAGUGUGUGGAAGGUAGGACAUUGUUACAAGCUUGCUUACGUAUGCCACCAAAUCUCCGUCAACAAUUUGCUCAAAUUGUACAUGAAUUUAAAGCUUUUAACAACGGAUACGAUGAAGAUGAAGUAGCAGAUGAAUUUGGGGAAGAAAAAACAUUUUUCCCCUCAUAUAAUACGCCUGCAACAGUAUUUCCUACUAAUGAAUUUCACAACUAUUGUGUCGUUCAUUUAAUUGUUGUGGAUAUGCCCACAGGUGAAGACAUUCUCAGUGGUGACUUCAUCGAAGUCUGUAUCAAUACAGAAUUGGGAGAAGAUGA